CAUUAUUUUUCCCGUAUUUGUUACGCGGCAGAAUAAUUACCCUUUUUACCUGAACUGAGACUAUCAGCACUUUCGCUACAGCGCAAAACAAGACCGUACGAAGGUUCAUCAACCAUGUUGGUUGAUCCUAGUUUUUCCUUCAUUUAUAAUCAAAAACUGAAGGAUUCACACGAUUGUUGAAUGUGCUUUACAGCGCCACAACUAUUAAAGGGAAGCUAAUUCAAGUCACGCCUCCUGUGUGGUUAUUAUAACAACGUGGAAGUUUAGACACGGUCUUAUAACAUUCUUCAACAAUCUGGCUGUAUAACUAUCAACUGAAGAUGACUGACAUGAAGACUCUAAAGCUGGCGAGGAGAAAUCUGAAGGGACAAUUGACGAGGACAUUAACAUCCAUUGUCAAUCUCUCCGAUGAAUCUGCAGACCUUAGUCUUCUGAAGCAGUACAUCAGCAAGGCUGAAGAACAGUUUGUAAAGGUGGAAGAGAAGCAUGCAGAGCUUGUACAGUUCGUAGAGAAAGACGAGGAAUUUGAGGCUGAGGAAGUGUGGAUGACCAACUGCGAGACAGACUUUGUCCAGAAGUUAACUGCUGGUAGGAGAGUUCUCAGCAAGCAGUUGUCGCCACCACCAGUACAGCAGACAUCCGAGCAACAGCAGAACGUGACACUCCCAAGCUCUCCUCUCCGCACCUCCUUUCAGAAUCAAUCUGCAGGUGCCUGUGCCCCUAGGAUGGCGAGACUGAAACUACCAUCAUUUAAUGGUGACAUCAAAGAUUACCGGAGAUACAAGGAAAUGUUCCAACACUGCACAAGGGAAUUGUCAGAAAUUGAGUGUUUUUUCCAGUUAGCGGAGUCAAUGGUGUCUCAAAGGGAGAGAAACUUAGUCAAAAGCUGUUCAAGCGUAGCAAGGGCAUGGGAGAUGCUGGAUGAACGUUUUGAUGACAAGGACCGAGUGGUGGACAGUUUGCUACAAGAUUUGGAUGGUCUCAAGCCAUACGAGUAUAAAGGAAAGGUGAAUCUUCCAGCAAUGGCGCGAUUCAUCCAGGUACUUCAGAACUUUGAAUGCCAGGCGGAAACCAUCGGCCUGGCUGGGGAGCUCAAUAGCAGAAUCAUGCUUACCCAAAUAAAACAGAAACUCCCAGAAGAUCACAGAAUGGACUACUACAAAAGUGUUCGGGAUGAGAAUGCUGACGACUCCAUUUCGGGAUUAAGCAAGUGGCUGUUCCGACAGCAAAUUCUUAUGGAGAAGUCCAAAGCCACCAUCGCAGAUAGUAUGGAACCAAAAAGAGUUUCUAAGUCCUUGACUGCAGCCGUGUCUUGGGACUCCAGAGAGGCUCCUUCAUAUGCUCGUGAUAUCCCAAAAUGUGCUCUACAUCCUAAGAACCCCUCUCAUUACCUCAAGAUCUGCAACAAGUUCAAAGCCCUAACACUCAAGGAGAAGUAUGAAGUCAUGAAAGCAAAUGGUGUAUGUUUCCGUUGUGGUCAUAACAACUGUAUUGCAGGGAAACCCCCUCAUGACCGCAGCAAGUGCCAGUUCAGGGCACCAUGCCGAGUCCAGACAUGUGGUAGUGACGAGCACUUUCCUGCCAUCUGUCCCAAAGCCCAUGGUGAUGCCAGAGAUAAGGAUCAGAGAAGUGGCUAUGCUAACCAGGCAGACUCUGUGAGGCCCACUCAGUCUAACAGCUCCAUACAGACUUCUACAAUCAACCAUGUAGGGAAACUGCAUGCUACCUUACCUACCGUGAUGGGAUAUCUACGAUGUGGCAGCAAACGACACCUAGUACGCAUUCUGUUGGAUGGAGGCAGUCAGGCCACACUCGUGAGAACAGGAAUCUUUCCCAGAAUGGAGGGUGAUCUUUUCCAGGAUCAUGACCUUAGCCUUGUUGGCGGCAGUAAUAUCAAGCGGAAGCUGAGAGUCCUUGAUUGUGAGAUUGAGGAUUUACAAAGGAGUUGGUCUUAUCCGUUGACAGCUACUGAGAUAGAUAAGCCAUGCGGGAAUACACCUGUCAUUUUCCCUGAGCAUCUACAGUCCUAUGACCACUUGACAGGUGUAGAGAUAGAUGUGGCCCCAUCACCAGUCAUUGACCUGCUGCUUGGAGUGGACAAUACUCACCUUAUGGUAUGGGAACAGUACAUCAGGGGAAGCAGACCAGAUGAGCCAGUUGCAGUUAAAUGUCCUCUAGGUUGGUUUGUUCAAGGAGGCCCAGCAGCUAAUGCAGCACCACUCCUCAACUACGUCAGUGUAGCUGCUUCAGGUUCCCUGGAGGAGUUCAUUGGACUCGAGACAGCUGGUUUGGAGCCCAGGAAAUGUAAAUGCUUCUCUGAUGACGAGAAAGGAACUGAAUCCAUGCAGAAGAGUGUUACUCAGCUACCAGAUGGCUCUUAUGAGGUUCGCUUACCUUGGAAGCGAUCUCCGGAAGAACUACCAGACAACUAUGACUAUGCAGUUAAAAGGCAGAAGAGCCUGGAGAACCAGUUCCGAGACCGGCCUAAUGAGUGGGAAGUCUAUUGCCGGCAAAUGAGAGACCAAUUGGAAAGGGGUGUCUCCCGGCAGGUUUCACAGGACGAGUUGCAACAAGACAGGAAUGUAGGCAGAAGGAUGUGGUUUCUUCCACACUUUGGGGUUGUUAAAGACUCAAAAACAACUCCAGUCCGGGUAGUUUAUGAUGGUAAGGCGAAGUUCCAAGGGCGUUCCCUGAAUGACUGUCUCAUCAAAGGAGAGAAUGUUAACUCAAAUCUUCUCGAGGUGGCCCUCCGGUUCCGUGAAAAUGAAGUGGGCAUGAUCGCAGACAUAUCCAAGAUGUUCCAGGCUAUUAAGAUUUCACCAGAGGAUGCUCGGUUCCACAGGUUCGUUUUCAGAGAGAAUCCAAACCAUCCCAUACAAGUCUUUGAGCUUACAACAGUCACUUUCGGGGAUAAACCCUCUCCAACCGCAGCAAUCAUCACCCUCAGACAUGUGGCUCGUGAGCAUGCACCAGAUGAUGACAAGAUACAGAAAGUGAUCGUCGAGCAAUUCUAUAUGGACGACCUGAACGAGUCAGUUAGUAAUGCUGAGGAAGCUCUAGAGUUGAAGUCCAAGCUGACAGAGACAUUGAAGAAAGGAAACUUCAACUUAAGGAAGUGGCAGUCUAAUGUCAAGAAGGUCUGUGAUGAGACAGAAAACACAGACACUGCUACUGUCCUAGGUACCAGCUGGGAUCUAUCUAAGGACACACUGAGAGUGAAGAAGGUCAAACCCCUCGAGGAUACUACCCUCACCAAGCGGAAGAUUCUUGCUCAAACGGCAUCCUAUUACGAUGUUUUUGGAAUGCUUUCCGGACUGUUGGUACGCCCCAAGAUUCUUCUUCAAAGGUUGUGGCAGCUGGACCUUGACUGGGACUCCCCUCUUGACCAAGGCAGUGAGCUCUACUCCAUGAUGAGUAAGAUCAACAGAGACCUUAAUGAGAUGGACGGCAUUGAGAUCCCAAGAUGUCUGAUACCAGAGCCUUAUAGGGGAGCGAGACCCCUACCCAUAGUGUCCAUGCAUGGUGUCAGUGAUGCUUCAGAGGACGCCAUGGGAUUUGCAGUGUGGCUGAGAUGGUCACAUGCUGACAGCCAAGAAGCUCAUCUAUCCUUCGUCUGUGCCAGAUCUAGAGUGACACCUCUGAAACAGACAAGCAUGCCUCGGAAGGAGCUACAAGCUCUUCUCCUUCUAUCCAGACUGAUGAUCACCAUCAGAGAUGCUCUACGCUUCAGCAUAGUCGGAUGGAAGAUGUGGACAGACAGCAUGACAGCGAUUAGUUGGCUUAGAGGGCAGUCUAAGACCUUCCGAUCUUACGUCGCACAUAGAGUCGGUGAGAUCACAUCUGAAUUUGACCCCUACAGUGAUAUCGCCUACGUUCCCACGGAUCAAAAUGCUGUUGAUCUCAUUUCCAGAGGAGGCGUUGUUACAGACAUGCAGGAGGUCAUCAAGGGCCCAAAGUACUUGAGACUACCUCCUCAUUCUUGGCCGAGGACACCAGAAAAUGUUCCUGUCAAACCGGGAGAUCCUGAACAGAAGAAGUUUCACUCCCGAAACACCAAGAUCCUCUCAGUAACUGUGAAUGCUGUGUCCAAGAAUUCCCCGAUUGUUGAUGCUACCAAGUUCUCCAGCUGGUCAAAGCUACAGAUGGUCACGGCGAGGGUGUUAUCCCUCAAGGAGCUUCCCCGGAAUCAAUGGCUGAAGCAAUUCCUCCGGCAGAUCUCCGAAUGGCCAUCCCAAAGAAUGAUCAAAGAGGCAGAACUGUAUUGGGUCAGACAAGCUCAGAAGGAGAUAAACUUCCAAGAUUCCAAUAUACAGAAGCUGGACCCAUUCUUCGAUGAGGACAGUGAAGUGUACCGUGUUGGUGGACGUCUAGGUAGAGCACCACUGUCGUAUGACAUUCGCCACCCAUAUCUUCUUCCGAAGAAGAGUCAUAUCAGCUUCCUCCUGGUAUGCGAUAGACAUCUACAUGCCCUUCAUGGUGGUCAUUUGCGGACAGCAAAUGAGGUUCGGAAGAAGUACUGGAUAGUGGGGGACAUGAACAUUGCACGAUGUGUUGUACGCUGUUGCAUCACUUGCAGACGGCAUAGAGGCAAACCGACGCACCAGAGGAUGGCUGAUUUACCAGAGUUUCGGGUCAGUCCAUGUUCGCCACCCUUCAAGACUACCUUGGUGGACUACCUAGGCCCAGUAAUGGUGAAGCUGAAUCGUAAUACCACGACCAAGGGAUAUGGUGCCUUAUUCACAUGUGCGGUUACCAGGGCUGUCCACCUGACAGUAGUCCAAGACCUAUCAACUCAGGCAUUCCUUCAAGCCUUAGAAAGGUUUGUCAGUAUUAGAGGAGCACCAGCCAUGAUGGUUAGUGACAAUGCUACUUGUUUCCGAGGGGCUGACAACACGAUCAAUGAGCUGAACCUUAAGCUGAACCAAACGCAGGUCCGGGAGCACUGUCAACGUUAUAAGGUUGAGUGGAAGUUCGGACCACCGGGAGGACCCCAUCACCAAGGGGCAGUAGAGCGCAUGGUCCAAGAAGUAAAGAAAGCUAUGAGGCACCUUGUGAAGGCUGACCGUCUGACCUUCGUAGAAUGGGAGACUGUUUUCUGCAAGAUUUCAGGGCUCAUCAACAGCCGUCCCCUGACUGCGAUGUCAUCGUCGCCUCUCGAUCAUCCACCGCUCACUCCCAAUCACUUUCUCAUUGGGAGAGGAGAUCUGAACUGCCCUGAUAUUCCUUGUGAGGACUACAAGGGAGAUCUACGGAAACGCCGUGAACUGUGUAAUACAAUGGUGGAGGGUUUUUGGCGUAGAUGGAUGGAGUACACCCACAAGUUGGCACCACGUCAAAAGUGGCAACGAUCUUCAGACAACGUGGAAGAGAACGAUAUCGUCCUCGUCAUCGGUGAUGACAGAAAACGCGGGUCGUGGAAGAUGGCCGAGGUAGUCAGGACUCAGCCUGGACAGGAUGGCCUUGUUAGAGUCGUCGAAGUGAAAUACGCAGAUGGGACGCGUGCCACCAGGCCGAUCACAAAACUUGUAUCCCUGAUGAAGCGAGAUGAACGUUCAGACAUUUAAACAGCUUGAAGAAAAAUUCAGACAUUUAAAGGUUCAAGAACUGUUGAUUACUGGACAUUUGAACAGCUCGAAGAAAAAUUGCUAUUAAUGGGCAAUUUAUAGAGGAUAGUGAUUUCGUUGUAUUUCUCUUUGAUCUUAUAAGUGUUCCAUUAAGUCUUUAAAUCAUGUUUUAUUGUGUUUUUGUGACAUUCCGUCACGCUUAGGGGGUCGGGAUGUCAAGGCAUGACAUUAUUUUUUCCCGUAUUUGUUACGCGGCAGAAUAAUUACCCUUUUUACCUGAACUGAGACUAUCAGCACUUUCGCUACAGCGCAAAACAAGACCGUACGAAGGUUCAUCAACCAUGUUGGUUGAUCCUAGUUUUUCCUUCAUUUAUAAUCAAAAACUGAAGGAUUCACACGAUUGUUGAAUGUGCUUUACAGCGCCACAACUAUUAAAGGGAAGCUA